GAGAGAGAGAUGUAUUCCCAAGUACUCCCUACCCUCAAAGUUCUCCUCAGCUUUUCAGGGAUGAAGUACACACGCUUGUGAACAUGGGAAACUGGUUAGGAUGAGUAAUCUGAGAUAAACGAGUGAGAAAGAACAAAAAGCACAGAGACCGCAUCACGUAGACAUUCCUCAGCGGGAGAAAAAAACCGACCCAGCGCACAUCUGCAGGAGAAAGGGGGAGGAACAGACAGAGAAAGGACGAGGAUUUCUUGUUUAUGUGAUGGCCUUGGAGGUCCAGCGUCCAGCCCUACGAGCAGCAUCGGUCCCGGACUCUGAGGAAGAGGGCUAGAGACUCCUCAAGACACAAGAAUGAGUGGCGAUGUCCUCUAGCUAACCUCUCACAGCGUUCAUGCCGCUCUGCGUUUAGCGUGCACGUGUACCCGUGGACGUUUCAGGUGUUUGAGAGGCGUAUGGCCGUUCGCAGGCUGGUGGCGGUGGCGGCGGCGGUGGCCCUGCUUUCUCUGGUGCUCAACAACGUGGCGACGUUCAGCUCUAACUGGGUGUUACAGGUGCUGGAGGACGGACGGAGGAGAAGCGUCGGGCUCUGGAGAGCGUGUGCGCACGAGGACACGCACACUCACGAGCUCACACCGUGCCAGAGACUCAGCUGGGGAUCGGAGUUCGCGGGGUACCAGGAGUCACGCAGCACUGUCAAACUUCAGUUUGACAUGAUGCGGGCAUGUAACCUGAUGGCUACGGUGGCUCUGACCGUGGGUCAGCUAAUCUUCCUGUUUGGGUUAUUGGAGAUAAGCCACAUUACCCAGGAUUCUCAGUGGUGGGAGGAGGCCAUCGCAGCCCUGUUCCAGUUAGCCAGUUUUGUGCUGGUGAUCGGCCUCGUGACAUUCUACAGGAUUGGCCCCUACACUCACCUGUCCUACUCUUGCUACGUAAACAUCGCUGCAUGCUUGUUUGCCACGCUAGCAGCUGCCAUGCUAAUCUGGAAUAUUCUGCAUCGCCGUGACGACUGUCUGUCACCCUCUGUCAUUGUCAUCAGUCGAUCUUUGACCACACCCUUCAGGCCACGCCUGGACAAUGACUACGUAGAGUCACCGUGCUGACACACAAAGACACAUCUCACCUGAGACAAAGGGGAUGAUGGAUAUUUAGAUGGGAUGGACACAAAAGCCCAUGGAGAGGAUUUCAAUCAUUGUAUGUGAAAUUGAUCUUCUGCUUAAAGGGACAGCUUACGCAAAAAUGAAAAUGUGCUGUUAAUGAACUCGCCCUCAGGCCAUCUUGUCUUUUUUUCUUCAGUCAAGAGGAUUUUUAGCUGAAACCGAAGUCCUUGGUGAUUCCUCUAAUGCAAGUCAAUGAGUAAAAAAAAACACAUACAGGCAAAACAAAAUUAAUACCAGUGGCUCCUGAUGAUACACUGAUGAUACAAGCGAAACGAUCGUUUGUUGACUCUCAAAGUGACUUGCCUUAUAUUAAUCACCAAGGACUUCGGUUUCAGUUGCUGAAUGCUGAAAAAAAAGACGCCAACAUCUUGGAUGGCCUGAGGGCGAGCGAAUUACCAGAAACUUUUUCAUUUUUGGGUGAACUGUCCCUUUAAGGACAAGGGUUUUGAUCAAGUGACCUUGCUUCAGACUGAAUGAAAGACUUUGGACAUUCCUUUAAACACAGAAGCAGGACUGUGGAUUGUAAAGAAUAUAACUGACAGAUGAAGAUCAAGCUGGAUCUUGACACGUUUAUGUUCAUAAAGUGCACUUAUGAGAAAGUAAAAGCACAUGUAUCUUUUAUAGUUCUAAGAAACAUGCAGAUUUCAAAAGAAGUCUAGGCAUUGAAUAUUGCUCCCAGGUCAUUUGGAUAGAGUCAUUUACAGACCGGCAUGGAGUCUGCACUUUUAUACACAGUUUCAGUGCUAAUUUAAGAAUGCAUUUAUAUUGGUGAAUUUCACACAUCACAGAUCACAUUUUUGCUCCAAAAUAUUAUAUAAGUCUAUUUUAGGACUAUUUAAAUUCAAUUCAAACUUUUCAGGUAGAUAUUUUGCUUACAUUUGAUUAAUUGCUUCAUUUUGUUUAAACAAAAUAUCAUCUUUUCUUUACUGUGAGGCGUUAUGACACCCAAAUAUAGUAAAAUGUGUUAAACAGAGUUGAUAGUAUUGUCAAAUUAUUCAAAAUAUUCAAUCUAAUAUGUGAGGAGAUGAGAUGGAAAUCUGGUGGAGCAGAUUCGGUGCAGGUCUGGGCAUUUGGUACCAAAAAUAUUUUAGUGACUUCUGCCUGUUCAUUUAUCUCCAUGCAUCUCCAUGUGACGAUAUGAUAUAAUCUACAAGACAUCAAUGAGGAAACUCUGCAUAGUAACCAUUAAGAAGGAGAUGAUCUGAAACUGGUCAUUAUUGUAUGAUAAACUGGAACCAUACCAGUUCAGUAUACAGUAGACACAAUACUUGUUAACCUGUGCCUGUGGUACCCAUAUAUGUGUAUAAUAAAGAGGUAUAUUAAGUAUUUUAUUAAAAUUUCACAUUUCACCCUGA